AUGACUGGAAGCUGGGCUCAGGUCGCUAGUUCUACCUCAAGUCUCCCAGUCCAGCCUCAAGGGGUAGGCCAGUUCAUGACUCCGUUGCCCUUGGGGCCGGCCUCUCUGUCCAAGCAAACCUCGAACAAUGACGAGAAUGGCGAUACUCGGAUGUCAGGAAUUUCGGAUGUCACGCUUUCUGCGCCCAUGUUUCCAGAGAUUCCAGAGGCCAAGGCAGGGGUCCUUCGUAUUUAUGGAAAAACCUCCAAAGAGAUCAUACAGUAUCUUACUACCCGUAUCCACGAGGGUCCAUUGCAGGACAUCCGACUUGAAACCAACGGAAGGACGCGAGUGACCUUCCAGCAUGCGUCUCAGGCGCUUGCUUUCCUGAUGUCUAACCAGGAGAUGGAGCAAAUGCUUGGCUACGGGCGUUUUGGAUGCGGCUACCGCGUUGAAUUGGCUGAGAUUAUUGAUUGGAACGACGACCAUCGUCGGAUGAACCAGCCCAUCCGAGAGCGUCGUCGUCUGUCCUUUACGAGAAAGCGGCUCUUUGCCGACAAUAUGUCGCCAGAGAAGUGGAAGCAGGACAUCCGUACUUUGGCUGGACCAGGGAAUAUUGAUUUCCUCUGGGUCUUCAAUUCUGGUAACGGACGGAAAAUUUCCAAAGUAAAGAAAGAAAGAAAGAAAGAAAGAAAGAAAAAAGACAAAAAGAAAGAAAAAAUUAAGGCGAUUCGAGCAACGUGGUAA